AUGUCUUGGCUCCCAUCUGAACUCGAAAAUGUUGGUAAGAAUGAUACCUCUAAACAGAGGGAAGCAGUGUACGCUGUCGAUCUCGAGUCGAUAAAAUCUGACGGGUUGCUGUCAAAGAAAAAGGCUCACUCAAGAACUCUGAAAAAGGGCUUGAAGGCCCGUCACGUUCAACUCAUCGCAUUAGGUGCAAUGAUCGGCACAGGCCUUUUCGUGAGCACAUCUUCUGCAUUGCAUAUGUGUGGUCCAGCAGGUUUGUUUACCUCGUAUCUGUUUAUGUCCCUCCUAAUAAUCCCCGUUAUGUACUCUCUGGCGGGAAUGGUAUGCUACUUGCCUGAUUCUCGCACUGGAACUGGUGGGUCGGUGUCUAAGUUGGUUACAAGAUACGUUGACCCUUCGUUGGGCUUUGCGACCGGGUGGAACUACCUCUACACUUUUUCAAUAAUGCUCGCCUCUGAGCAUACCGCGGCCUCUGGUGUAGUAACAUACUGGACCACAGCUGUACCCUAGGCAGCAUGGAUCACCACUUUCAUCCUUAUCGUGACGGUCUUGAACUUCGGCCCCGUCAAGUAUUAUGGUGAAGCCGAGUUUUGGUUGCCAUUAUCAAGAUGUUAACCCUAGUUGGUCUACUCAUCCUGUCGUUCGUGCUAAUUUUGGAAGGUGGCCCAAAUCAUGAUAGACAGGGAUUCAGGUUUUGGCAGCAUCCUGGGGCUUUUGCCAAUCACAUCACUACCGGAAAUACUGGUCACUUUUUGGACAUUUGGACAGGCGUCAUCAAAAGUGCAUUUGCGUUUGUCCUGGGACCAGAAAUGAUUGCCAUGACCUCAGCGGAAGCUGUGGAUGCCAGACGUAACAUUGCCAAAGCUUCACGUCGCUUUGUUUACAGAGUGUUUUUCUUUUAUGUCUUGUCAGCUUUGGCCAUAGGAUGCAUUGUUGCCUACAAUGAUAAGGCAUUGAAGACAGCGCUUGAACAAAGCAAACCUGGCGCCGGCUCAUCGCCCUUUGUGAUAGGCAUCCAAAAUGCAGGUAUCAAAGGGUUGCCACAUCUUAUAAAUGCGUGCAUUUUGACAUCUGCUAGUUCUUCUGGAAACGCGUUCCUCUUUCUUGCGUCACGCUCGCUCUUCUCUUUGGCAGAAGAUGGAAAUGCGCCUAGCGUUUUCAAAAGGGCAAACCGCUAUGGUGUGCCUUACAACGCGGUGGGUGCCAGUGCAGCUCUUUCGUGUAUUGCAUACCUAAAUGUCAAGAACAGCUCUGCCAAUGUUUUCGCAUGGUUCUCAAAUGUUUCUACUAUUUCUGGUUUCAUUGGUUGAUUUGUUAUCGGCAUCACCUACACUAGAUUCCGCGAAGCCAUUCUUUUCAAAGGUCUAUACGAAAAACUGCCCUUCAAAGCACCCUUGCAACCUUACACGACUUACUUGUACCUUUUGAUUGUUGCUGCGAUCUGUUUGACUAACGGGUAUGCUACUUUCAUAGCCAAAAACUGGAGCGCAGCAAAUUUCAUUGCCGCUUACAUUACGCUGCCAGUCUUCUUGCUUCUGUGGUUUGGACAUAAGAUUUAUCUCAGGAGUGGGUUCACCUGGGCGUAUUCUGUAGAUAUGAUUGAUGUUACAACAGGAUUGAUUGAGGCAGAGCGGGACAGUAAAGAGGCUGCGGCUAAAAGAGAGAUCUCUUCGAGUGCGUGGGAUAAGGCGGUGGAUUGGUGUUAUUGA